AUGUUCUCUGCCGAUGACAAUUUGAACACAAUGAUGAGCAAUAGGGCAAAUAAGGUAAUGAAUUUGAAGGGAGAUAUAAAAAAUCAAAAGCUACUAGAAUUAUUUAAAUCAACUGUCAUCCGGAAUGAAUCAAAUAUUAAUUCCAAACAGAAUAGAUAUGAUCAACACUUGAAAGAAUUUUCUACAUAUUUAUAUUUGAUUGGAGGAAACUUACUGUACCAAACUUUGUAUUCUAAUAUGAACGGAGCUAUGCCAUCUAUAACAACAGUACGAAGGCAAAUUGAAAGAACGUCAAAAACUUUCAAUGAGGGUGAAUUCAGAUUCAGAGAAUUGAAACAAUUUUUAGUAUCCCGAAAUCUUCCUCUUUGUGUCUGGAUCAGUGAAGACGCUACAAAAAUUAUCGAACGUAUUGAUUACUCCCCUCGAAAUAACAAGAAUGUUGGAUUUGUAUUACCUAUCAAGGAAGAUGGUUUGAUAAACACAGCAUUUUUCAAGGCUACUUCCUACCAAGAAAUAAAGCGCCAGUUCUCAGAAGAAACUGUGUCUACAUAUGCAUACGUCAUUAUGGCACAACCAUUACAAAACAAUUGUCCCUCAUUUUGCUUGAGUGUUUUUGGAACAGACAACAAAUUUUCUUCUGAGCAUGUUCGUAAGAGAUGGCAUACAAUGAAGGAAUAUGCCCAAAAGAAAUAUGGCAUCCACAUACUAGGAUUUUCAUCGGAUGGUGAUCCACGUCUAUUGAAAUGUAUGCGAUUAGAGGCAACAUUUCCUCAAUCGAGUCAUUUGGAACAGCAAAAUGCUUCCUGGAAUUGGUUUCAAGCUAAUCUUGAGACAGAAAAUAUACCUGUUCAAGAUACUGUCCAUAUUGGUACCAAAUUCAGAAAUCGUUUACUUAAACCAUCGAUUUACCUACCAGUAGGUAACAAAAUUAUUUCUUCUUCACACCUCGCCAUUCUGAUAUCAAACAUUUCCAAAGAUGUCCACUUUUUAACUGGAUACGAUAUCAAUCCCGAUGAUAAAAUGAAUUUUCAAUCUGUAGAGAGAAUAAUAUCAGAAAAAGUAACAACAGCUCUACUAGAUCAUGUACCCAAUUCAGAAGCUACUGCUUUUUAUUUGAAAAUUAUCAGAGAUAUGCUGAACUGUUUUUUGAUGAAAAACAUGUCAAUUCAGAUGAGAUUAUAUCUUGCAUGGAAAGUGGUUUUUCAACUGAGAAUUUGGAGAAAUUGGAUUUUGACAACAAAUGAAUUUACACUUAAAGACAAUUUCAUAACAUUAAAUAAUUAUAUAUCAGUUGAAAUAAAUGCUCAUUCUUUGAUUCUCUUAAUAAGAAAAUUUUCGAAAUUUCAAGAAAGGUUCCCUGCUAGUAUGUUUGUACCAUGGUUAAUGAGUAGCCAGCCUUGCGAACAAUUAUUUCGUUCCACAAGGUCGAUGACGAGUACCUUUUCUACUAUUGUUAAUUUCAGCCUCCUAGAAAUAAUGAAUCGUAUUAACAAAAUCCAAUUUCUCCAAAAUGCAGUUAACAAUUUGAAGGGCACUUUUUGCUUCCCUCGUGAAGAUAGCGCGCGAUUGGGAUCAGAAGGUGAAAUUCACCAGGAAAUUCCAUUUGUAAUUCUCAGUGAUGAAGAGAUAGAAUCUAUCGUGCUAUCAUCUUUACAAGAUGCCAAACUGGCUAUGAAUGCUUUAGGUAUUAGUGACAUACCUGAUAAUUUUUUUUUAAAUUUGAAUUUGAGAAGCUACGACAACGAGGCCACAGAACAUGAAUAUGAAGACGAAAUGUUAUCCAAUCGUUCUGAUGUGAAUUUGUCAUCUGAAUUUGAUGAUAUCGUAUCUUUGGUUGAAGAUGAUUCAAGUAACGAAGAUAUUUCAGGUCUCGUAUCAGGUACUCUGUCCCAUCCAGAAAGCAUUUUGUUGAAUGACAUUGAGAAUAUAGAGGAUCAUUUACAAAUUAAAGAUUAUUCCAAAGAUACCAACAAAAGCACCAACAUUUUCUUCAAUGAUGGACCAUUUUUGCGAGUCUCUUAUAAUGAUGAAAUCAUGGUUGUGAGGAAGUCUACUCUUUGCUGGCUCUUCACUAAAAAUCGUUCCAAGUUGUCCAGUGAUCGAACAAUUCGAGUACGGUCAGAGAAAAAAUUAGACCCUACUGGUAGUGUUAUGUCUCGGCCUAUGAAAUCAAAUAUAAUUUCCAUUGGAGACUGGUGUAUUUUCGAAAAUAAUUUCAAAUAUAAGAAGACUGACUUCAUAAUUGGUUGUGUUUUGUCAUUCAAAUAUCUUUCAAAGAAAGGAAAACAAACUGAAUAUGCAAAACAUUUUGUAAAUAUUUCUGAAUUGAAUGUAAAAUCUUCAAUCGGUUGUUUGGCAAAUUGGUACGAUAUUGAAGAAGAUGGUGGUCUUUCCAAUUCGACUAUGAAUAAAUACGGUUUCUGUGAUAUUUCUAAUUAUAAAAUUAGUGUACCUGAACCAAACCGAGACUGUGAUAAGUUAGUGAUUAAAAUGGAUAUACUAGACCAUCUUAAAACUGCUUCUUUUCGAGAUUCAGACUCAGAUUCAAAUUCAAAUUCAAUUAGAUUGACUGAUUCUGAUUCUGAAGAACUCAAUGAAUUCGAAGAUGAUAACUCUUUAGAUGUAGCCCUGGAUGAGACUGAAAAAAUUAGAUUGGAAAUUUCCGCUGAAAAAUAUUAUGGUGUGUUCUACGAUCAAAGAUGGUAUAUUGGAAGAGUUUUAAAAUGCAAUGAAAAUGAUAUGUUCACUCUGAAAUUUCUAAAGGAAGACCUAAGUAAUUUUUAUUGGCCAAAACCAGAUGAUGUUGAUUGUGUCCAAAAGGAACAAAUAUUUUAUGGUCCGAUCAAUAUGCUUGGAUGUGAUCCACUACAAAUCACAAGAUAUGAUAGAAAUAGAAUUGUUAAAAUAUUCAAGAAUUUAAAAAAGAAGGGAGUUCAGGUCUAG